GUGUUCUCCACACUUACUCGACUCUCUUGCUCAAACAAAAACAAAACACACAAAAAUAUUGAAAAAAUGGAUCAAGGUCGUAAUAUGGACAUAGAGAAGGAAUCAACAACAACCUUUGACUACUCCAAACGAGCUCAAUGGCUACGUGCAGCCGUGCUGGGAGCCAACGACGGUCUUGUCUCCACCGCGUCAUUGAUGAUGGGAGUUGGCGCCGUGAAACACGACGUCAAGGCCAUGAUUCUCUCGGGAUUCGCCGGAAUGAUUGCCGGAGCUUGUAGUAUGGCGAUAGGAGAGUUCGUCUCCGUUUACUCUCAGUACGACAUAGAGGUAGCUCAGAUGGAGAGAGAGAGUGGGGAAGUAGAGAAAGAGAAGCUUCCUAGUCCACUACAAGCAGCAGCUGCGUCUGCGCUUGCUUUUUCCGCGGGUGCUAUUGUGCCGCUUUUGGCGGCUGCGUUUGUGAAGGAGUAUAGAGUGAGGGUUAUCGCUGUUGUGACGGCGGUUACGGUGGCGCUUGUGGCUUUUGGGUGGUUAGGAGCGGCGUUAGGGAAGGCACCAGCAGUUAGGUCUUCGGCUAGGGUAUUGUUCGGAGGGUGGUUAGCUAUGGCUGUUACCUUCGGGUUAACUAAGCUUAUUGGGUUAUAUGGAAUUUGAAUGGUUCGUUAAUAAUCUUUUAAGGAGAUCUUUAUGUGGUAUGUGAUGUUACAGUGAAACAUUGGAAACCAAUGAAAAGUGACAGUACGUUUUACUUUUAUUAAUGAUGUAAAAUUAAGAUUUGGUGAUCUUAAUGUCUGAGAAACCUUUUUUUACGGUGGAUGUUGUAAACUAUUAGAUGAACGGUGACUUUUGUUUCCGACAACUUUGAUAGGAGGCUUCUGUACGUAAUAAAAACGCAUGCGUUUAUGUUAAAA